UUUAAUUGCCAUGGCCAGUAAUACUGACAGUUCCUCUGUGUUAACCUGAGAGACGGAUGGUUCGGGAUUUUAUGGGAACGUAUAGCCCUGAAUAUUGUCCGUAUUAAAACUCUAUAAAUUAUUAAAAUUUUGUGAUUGUAUCCUUUAUCGGAUUAUUUCGAAAUUCGCAGAGGAACUAUUUUCGGAAAUGAAUUGUAAGUGUUUAUUUAAUAUCUUGUUUUUCACAACUUUCGUUAUACUGUCUGCUUCACAAUAUGGAAUUGAAUAUAGCAGUGAGCCAAGCGCUUGUGUCUCCUGUCUGAAUAAUAAAACGUGCCUGCCACCUGACUGUUUUUGUUGUAGAGAUGAAUUGAGACUUCCAAUUUCAAAAAGAGAUAUACCUCAAAUUGUUUUCUUUACAUUUGAUGAUGCUUUAACCGACUCUGCUACAAAAUUUUAUCAUCGACUUUUCAAUGAAUCCAGAAAAAAUCCGAAUGGAUGUCCGAUAUCCAUGACAUUAUUUGUUUCCCAUCAUGAUACCAAAUAUAAUAAUGUAAACCAUAUGUAUAGAAAAGGAAUGGAAAUAGCUGCUCAUAGUGUAUCUCAUGCUCACAUGAGUAAUGCCAAUUUUAUGAAGGAAGCUAAAAACCAAAAAAGAAAUUUAGCGACACUUGGUGGUGUUCCCGAAAACGAAAUUGUAGGCUGGAGAAGUCCAUUCUUGGAACCAGUCGGGGAUAUGCAACCAAACACCCUUAAGAAGCUUGGAUAUACAUACGAUGCGACAUUAACCUACAGUAAACGGUCGCUCAAGGAUAACGCGCCAACUCCGUUUACCUUAGACUUUGGUUGGCCAUAUGACUGCAAGGUUAAACCUUGUCCAAAACGACGACAUUUUGGAUUCUGGGAAGUUCCAGUUGUUUCGUUGUUGGAUUAUUUACAUCAGUAUGAUUGUGUUUAUGUUGAUGGAUGUAACAACCCACCACCAGACGAAUCGUCUGCCUAUAAAUUUUUAAUGGAUAACUUUAAUAGCUAUCAUUCAAAGAAUCGUGUGCCUUUUGGAAUUAACAUGCAUCCGUCUUGGUUUUAUAUUCCUGAAAGAUUAAACGCAAUGGAUCGUUUUAUUCAGCAAUUGUCAAAAAUGGAUGACGUUUUCAUUGUAUCAGUGAAAAAGAUGAUUGAUUGGCUAAAAAAUCCCAUAGGAUUAUCUCAGAUCAAUACAUUUAAACCAUGGCAAUGUCAAAAUAAAAACAUUCCUCACAAUUCACAUCAGUCACACAACAAUCAAAAUCAAAAACCAGCAUGGAACAGACAACAAGAUCCUGUCACUCGCAGGAGAAACUACAUUAGAGCGCGACUCGAAAAAAUACAAGCAAUGCGAAAACAAUCUCAAAAAGCGCAUUCGGAAAGUUUAACGAGACUUCACCAUUCUAACGAAGCAAGAAAGAAAUGGUGGAGUCACGAACCAGUAAGACACGAAGCAACUAAUAUUCCAAAGCCCACAAAACCAGCUGCGAUUGCACCUUGGGUACACAGAAGACAUGACAGACCAGUAAAACAAAACGCAAGAAGACCUAUGAUUAUAAAAACAGCAAGUCCGACUGCUAGAGUUGCUGCCGAAGUACCUUUCUGGAAAAGGAAGCACAAAACAAAUGUCUCACCUAUGAAAAAGAAUGAAGAAGUUGCAUGGUGGGAAAAAGCAAUACCGAGAACAAAAAGUUCAAAAGUAGAGAUCACCAAAAAGAAAGAACAGACGAAACAAAGAGAAAAUGAAAACCAUGCAAAACACAGUAUGUCUUCUGGUUAUCAUGGAAAUACAUUUAUUCAGCAUAAAAUUGAUCGAAAGAGACCACAAGAAUCGUUUAUUGAUAACAAACGACCUCGCCCCCUGGAAAAAAUAACAGCUAACGUUCCGUCUCCCCCUAAAGUAGACUUUAAGGAACAACUGAAAGAACAAGAAUUAAAACAACAACUAAUUAUUGAAAAACAAAAGGAAAUGCAGAAACGGCAACUUAAACUUCAAAUAGAGCAAUUAAAACACAACAACGAAGAAGUGUUCAAAAAGCAACAAGCAGAAGAAGAUAAACGAAUGAAGAAUAUUGAACAAAAACACAUUCUAGUAUUAAACAAACAACAGCCCUUUAAUAUGGGUGAAAAAAUAGACACAAAGUUUAAAAAUCCAACUCAAAAAGUUAUAAUUACAACAGUGUCAGAUGCUUUUGACAAAAUAACAAGCACGAAGUCUCCUAAUCAGGAGAAGUUUUCAUUAAUUACAGACAAAAACGACAAGUUGGAUCCAUGGACAAGAUUCGUACAGUUUAUUAUAAGGAAUAAACCAUGAGUAUACUUAAAGUAUUCUCUUACAUGAUAUGUUAAAAAGGUAUUGGUAUUUAAUAUAUAGGUCUUGGAUUAUGAUGAUUUAUUUUCUCAAUUGUCAAAAUUGUCUUCAACAUUAACUGUUGGUGAAGUCAGCUAAGUCACUUAGUCGUUUUCGUUUUUAUAACAUAUGCAAUAUGAACGAGAAAAAGGGGUUUAUGUCAAUCUGACAACAAUCUCACCAGCAAAACUAUAUUCAAAGAUUGAAUAGGGUUCGCCGUAUGUAUUGCCGUAGUAUACUCUUAGUGUACUGUAAGCUCAAAACGGUCCUUGAAAUUAAUGUACGUGUAUAAAAGUAUUUCUUAAAAUCAAAAAAAAGUUUAGAUUGUAGUUAUUUGAUUAAAGAUAAAUACGAGAUUGCACUCCUCUCCACGGGUUCAUUUGUGGUAAGGUUGAAUUAGUUGUGUAUGACCCGGGAUUAUAGUCCGUUUUUAAAUUACACACUUUUUUCCCAGUUUUAGAAUUUUUUGCAGAAACAGCUGGUAGGUACCACAAACUGUAUCCAUUGUUGUCGAUUCAAACCUUAUGGAAAAGUCAUUUUCGAUGGACAUAAGAAGUUACAAAUUCCAUUGAGAAGUUCAAUUUUACCAUAACUGUGUAAUGAAACGAAGCAACAUUAUUGUCAGAUCUCGUAUAAUAACGCAUGCUCAGUCAACUCUUUUUGUGUUAGCAAUGACAGACAUAGUUUGUUCUACUUAGGGAGUUGUUUCGCUGUGCAAAAAAAAAUGGGAAAAAGUUGGAAAUUGAACUAAAUUGUUUGGGUGUUUUAUAAAACGAUGUGAAAAACGAACAACAGCCUUUCUUAAUUAAUUCUAGAUAACAGAAAUGUGUUCAGUUUAACAGUGUGAACGAAUACUCUAGUAGAUGAAAAUAUUGAAAUGUGCACUCAGUAUUGACUAUUGGAAUUUGAUAAUGAACUUUUAAUUGUAAUUGUAAUAGCGGUAUGGAAUCCGGUAGUGGGUGAAUUGUGGACUGACAAUAAACCACAAAUUUAACAUAUCAUGUUGCUUAAUGACACGACACUGUGCAGUCAAUUUGCAUAUCUAUUAACAGUCUUCGAUUAAUCAUUUUAUAUCAUGCACUGUACUAGCUAGCGUACCUGGUAGCAUAUCAUUUGUUUCCCUAUUACUUACAAAAAACAUUCCACAAUAUGCAGAUUUUCAGAAAAAAAAUACCGUUUUGUCGUCAUUGACAGAGACUUCUUUUCUUGGAUGAUUUUAGCUGAAACUACAUCUCUCUCUGAAAAAUCUUCUAGUCAUCUUUUUGGCGAAGUAUUAUGUAUUUUCUUUUUUUGACUAGACCUAACUAAAAAAAAUACUUGUGUUUAAGUUACCCUACCAACCAUAUUUUUAACUUAAGGCUAAAAAAUGUCUACCUUAAAGUUUUUAUAAUCUCUUUUGAUUGUAAAAUUUACAUAAUUGUUUGUUGCAAUAAACUUGUUUAAACUAAUUUAAUUAACUGAUUUUUUGACACUCGUAUUACAAGGUGACGUAGCCGUUAAUGUCAACGUAAGUCAUGUGUGACGUUGACCGAUCAAUACUAAAGGAAAGCGUGUAGAUAUUUCUUAAAAAUAGAGAAAAAUACACAAGUGGGUUGAUUGUUGACUCUUUUUAUUAUUUUUGUGUCAAAAUUGUGAUUGGUAAACUACAAGGUUUUUCAAUAAUUUAAAGUUGUAAAAUAAUGUUUAUGCUGAUAUUGGUUAGAAUUUUUUUGUUAAAAAAAACUUAUACUACAUAUGUAAAACUUUUUAUUUUGCAAUCAGUCAGCUAUUAUGCAAAUAACAAGUAAACGGAUUUUUUGCUUUAUUUGUAUAGCAUACAAAUAAAGUCUCCCGUUAUGCUGUUUCUAAGAGUUGAGCGAACGGUUAUGUAGAAAUUACUGUUUUAACGUCUCAUUUCAUUUUACGGUCCUCUUCGCGGUCCGCGUUUAAGCCUGAUCGAUUUUGUCUAUAAAGGUUUAUGUCGACUUUAUGACUAAAAUGGCUGUGUUUACAACUCAAAAUUUACAAUGAGUAAAGACAAACCUGUGCAUCUGUGAAUAAUUUUAAUGCAUAGCAUGCCCAUGAUAAAUAUUUCAAAUACACUCGCUACGAAAAUCUUGAAGAGUCCGCUUUUCGUCCUAUUUUUAAAGCUCGCUCAAAAUAUUUUUUUUUAAAUCUUCCACAAAGGUGUACAUACAUAUAUUAUAUACAUGCAUAAACAUAUACCAAACGUGCAAUGGUAGUAAAUUUAAUCCUUGUUUGGAAACAAAUGUUGUGAGUCUUUCAAAUGUGAUUAUAUUGUUUCUCCCAUGGAGAGGUCUAACAAAUAAAUAUUUUUUUAUCGAAGUAA